AUGCGACGCUGUGCGAGUGAACCUACAAAUCUUUGGAAUGCUCCAUGGGAAGCGCUGGACGAUGAAAUUUCCAGCAUCUUCAGCGACCUUCGCUCCCAAAGCGCUGAAACAAUCGAAGAGGAACUGGCCAAGGAGCACAGAUAUGCCAAGGCCGGCUGUGUGCGUCGCGCCUUUCCGGAGCGAAGCCUGGCUUUGUUGGUGACCCUGGCGCUGGAGAUCCCAGUGGCGUUUAUCAUCACGGGUGGAUCCCAGGGCUUGAAGCAGCUGGUGGGCCCGGAUCGUUACACGCUGCUGAUGGCCUUUCUGCCGUUGACCUCCGCCAUUUCGGGCAACGUCGGGCUGCAAUGCUCCUCCCUGACCACCCGCGCCAUUUCCCAUGGGAGCUGCGACAAAACCACCUAUUGCAGUUGGAUGCGUUUGGAAGUUGCCACAGCUGGUUUGUUGUCGAUCGCUACUGGCUUUGCCGUAGCGCUAUUGGCCUUGGUCUGGACUUGGGUCCAAUUUCCAGGGCCUGACAUUGGCUUCGCUCUUACCGUGGGCGUCUCACAGGCCUUCAGCAUCAUAGUGGCAGGCAUCACUGGGUCCAUUGCGCCAGUGAUUUUCUCCUUCAUUUUCCAUGGUGACGCCGGCAAAUGGGCCGGACCGAUGGAGACAGCGGUUCAAGAUGUGGCUGGAGCAUUUGGAGUAGCCACCUGGCAGCACUUGGAAAUCAAGAACUAG